GUGCAUUCAUUAGGGGGGAUGUGUCCGUGCAGCGUACACGUCGACCUGCAUCCACGCCACCCUCUCUCUCUCUCGGCGCCACCCCUGGCCUCAGUCGCGCUUCGCGGCCAACUUGGUACACACGCCACUUUGUUGUUUCUCCCUCUCGGAGUUUCGUCCGCAUUUGUACGUCUUCGACGUCGCGUCGCGAGAUAAUCGUGCUACGCGAGAAUAUUUCGUUUCGAUCUUGCCGUCGAUCGUCGAUUUAACGAGAAAAAGUAAUCACCGACGGUCGUUAUUAACACCACUCUCUCUGAUUACGCCGUCUGUGUUUCUCGUUUUUACAUAUCGAAACUUCCUUUCCUGCCUUGUUUCUUCGUUCGUUCGAUUUGACGCGGUUGCGAUCAUGAAUGACGAACGUUUCAUGAGUUGAAGAUACCGUAUAAUAUCUACUCGGUGUCGAACGAUUAUUACGAGUGCGUUCUUUCCGUUGGUAACUAUCGUGUGCGCGAAUGUACUGUCCAUGAAGAAGGCAGAGAUCGCAGUUCCAUCGUGAAACGCAAAAGAAGCUUCCUGCUGAUCGUUCCUUCCGUGAAUGUGAAGAGGAUCGUCUUCGUUCGUCACCAGGAAGGAUUGUCCCCGUAAGAUCGUCGCGGAAGAUCUUCACGUAGGAGGAUCAAAAGGGAUCCUUCCUCUGAAUCUGCAUGGUGCGGCUACACGCCAGGCCGACAGGAUUUCAUGUUCACGAAUUUCAGUAAACCAGGUAACGAUGCGCCUAAUCCGCCUUCACGGUAUCGGCGCGUCGAUUUUCAGAUUUUCAUUCGCGCGACACCCUCGCGUCGUUAGCUCUAUCGAGAGAAUACGUUCAAUUUGCGCGCUCGGCUUUCCUCUGGCUGCACGCGGUGGUUCGCUUAGAGGGGAGGCCAGCUGUGGAUUCGCGCCUAUUCCGUGGCCCGCAAACAACCUACCAGAACCGGACCCAUCGAUCGCGAGAUCUAGAGGCAUGCGUCGCGUGUUCCUCUCUCUCUCACUUUGUCAAUCUCCCUUCGAGAGACUAAGACGCAACCCACGUCGAGGCAAAAACGUUCAACUACCACCGAUCAAAUACGACGUUGAUAUUUCUUGUCGCACGACCGUUUAAACGCAUUUGUUUGGCCAGUUUUUAUCGACGCGCUAGCCUCGCUCGUUCGUUGAUCCGCUGUUUUGACAGUUCGUUUUCUAUUUUUACACGAGUCGAUAAUCGGAUAGGAAAAUAAGGGAAAUGGUUGUACCGUUCAACGUAGAAAAUAUGCGGGAUGUAUCGAAACCGGGGGAUCAGAAUCCCUUGUUAAAUUCCGUAACUGGUCGGAAAACUGUAUAGUUUAGCGGAUUUCGAUAAUAUGCUCAGUAAACUAGACUGUAUUUAUUGGUUUACCGUCCGAUUGAAACAUAAACUCGCUCAGCGCGGACAAAAAUACGCGGUAGCGCGAUUGUCGAUUCUCGAAAAUAUAUUCGCCAACGAACGCGUGCGUGGCCUAUUUCGUGACCAUCGUAUCGUUUCCAUUGUUUCGCGAACAGUAAAACCAGGCGAAAGAUGUUCCUUCACGCUGUAGAUGAGAACAAGAAAAAUUUACGAGCGAUGAAAUUUCAAUAAGCGAAACGAAUAUGCAAGUUAAAACGCGCGAAGACUGACUUUUGCUCAAUAAAAUGAUAAAAAAAUCUAUUUUUUUAAAUACGUAGCUUUAUAGUAGCAAAUAAAGGAAAUCCAAAAUUGUACGUAAGAUAGACCAUAAAAUUAGCAAUAUAGUACGUAUCGUAUUUCAUGUCGGAAAAAUUACAUAUCAACUGAAACGAAGAAACGUUGUUUCUCAGUUUCUAGAUACUUCAAUUUAAGGUUUGUAAUUAGCCGAAGUGCGCGACGAAUAAAUACGCAACUAUGCAAUUACUCAUUAUGUAGCUUACAUCUAAAAUUGCAAUUUACGUAGUUGCGUAAGGUAAUAAAUAUUAAAUUUCGCAAUUUUUCAUAGGAGACAGCGGUAGAAAGGAAAGGAGAGAGGGAAUAAAGAAACUCAUUUCUUCCUCGAAUCCAGAAUUCGAAAUACGUGAAAUAAUAUUUCUGAAUCGGGAAUGUUCUUCGGCCCGUACAAACGAAACAUUCCUUAAGAUAUAAUUUAAAAGCGACGUCCUACGGGCACGUGCUUUUACGAAAGUUUGUCAUGCAAAUUUCCUAGAAAUAUACUGGUCGUUUCACAAUCGAAAAAUAGGAUUUGAGAGAAAUAAAACCGAGCGAAAUAAAAAAGACGAGCCGCAUGUAGCUACGUUAGAAUUUUCUCGGGAUUAUUUGCGCAAUGUUUCUCCGGUAACGUUCUUUCCUUAUGCAAAUACAGAAUGCCCUCCUUACAUCGUGCACUUCGGUGGACAAAUAUUACAGUAACGGUAUAUCAAGAUUAAUUUUUAAUCCUUCGCGAUGAGCGGUGGGAAACGAACCAUAUUUUAUCAUGCGCGCAUGUAGUUUUUCCGUGCAUCGGGUUACUUACGCGUUGAUUAAGAGAAAAAUAAGAUAAAAAUAGAAUUAGCAAAAAAAAAAAAAAAAAAAGAGAGAAAAAGUAAAGAAAAGUAAGUACCAUGAACCGAUCGCGUUUCAUAAACCGAUGAACAGUUAUCGUUCAUUUUCUAUAGCUUGAUGCAGCAGACGAUACUCCUAUUAAAAUGAACUGGUCGAAAGUUCGAGCAUAAUCAACGCCAAACAAUGUGUUUACACUUUACCCUUCUGAAAAAGACGACGAGAGGGAACAGAAAGCAAUUUCUCGCGUCUCUUUUUUACCGUACGUCUCUCGAACGUAUCGUGACGUCGUGCAAGAUGACGCAUCGAUAUCGAUCGAAUCCUUCGAUCGCAGAAAACCGAAGGAGUAUGUGUUGCGCGAGAAAGAGAGAGGGAGAGAGAGACAGAGAGGAAAAUGAAUUCGCGGCAUAACCACGACUUUCAAUUGUCUCGUACUAGCGGCAAUACUUGUGUAACGCGUAAGAACGUUUAAUAAAGGCCCUGAAGUUUCUGCAGCAAAACGUCUCGAUCUUUUCAAAAUUACACGUUUAAAGCGUGCUAUUUCUUCUCCUUCUAAGUCACACCACCGCAUUGUCGCUAAGAAAACGUACGACCGAGCGCAGCAGCGUGCGUCUUUUAUCGAGACAGCGUAUUUUAUGCGAACUUUCUUACCACUGCAUUAAACUUUACUGCGCUAUCGUGAAUCCGUUGCGUUUUGUUCGAGCGUGAAUUAUGUAUACCAUCGUGUACGACGCUCCUUUCGUUGCGAGUUUUAGUCCGAACGAUCGGACCAAGUACCGAACAAAAAUCGAAGAUACUUGAAGAACGAUCGUGCACGUACAUGUGUCGAUCCAUUAAUUAUUCAUCAUGACAAAGAGAAGAAAAGAUAAUUAGAAGUUUUAUCGCGAAAUGCCGCGCUAAUAGUCUGUGUUGGGUAAUUUACGAGGAAUCGGCGCGCGCGCAGUUAACGCGCGAACAUGAGCGCAGCGCGAGAAGAUCGCGCAAGCCGCGUGGCACCGCUGCAUUUCCGGUAUGCACCGCGCGAAGAUCGUCCCUGAAGAUCUGCCAGCCGCACGGAAGACAGAAACAUGUCUUUUUUUCUUCCUUUUUUUUUCUGCCGCGCGACUUCUCAACGCGCUAGGGCGAAAAACAGCGACGUAUUCAGCCACAAUACGUCACGAUAUACCUGCUUCCACUUGUUUUCCUCGUGGAACAAUCAAGGCCAUCGCGAGAUAAUUAUGCAGAUAACGGCGAUGCUCGCCGAUAUCCCAGCUGUAGGAGGAUCUACAGGGUUGGGAUUGGAGAUAGACAAGAUGGACCAACAGUAUUGCCUACGGUGGAACAAUCAUCCAGCCAACCUCACAGACGUUCUCAGCUCCUUGCUUGCCAGAGAGGCACUCUGCGACGUUACCCUGGCGUGUGUUGGAGAGACAUUCAAGGCACACCAGACGAUACUCUCUGCAUGCAGUCCAUAUUUCGAGAGCAUUUUCCUCCAGAAUACCCAUCCCCAUCCAAUUAUAUUCCUGAAGGAUGUCAAUGAAACGGAAAUGAAGGCAUUGCUGCACUUUAUGUAUAAGGGAGAAGUUAACGUUAGUCAGCAUCUGCUACCGAUGUUCCUUAAAACAGCUGAGGCGUUACAGAUUAGAGGCCUCACUGAUAAUAGUGUAAAUAACAAGGCAGAAGAGAAAAGUCCAUCGCCAGAACCAGAAUCACAAUCUGGUGUUAGGCAUACUGAAUCGCCUAACCUUCAGCCUCUUCCUGAAAAGAGGAAACGAAAGGCCUCGGGCAGCUAUGAUGUUUCCCUUAGUGGUCCACCCAGUGAACGGUUCAUGUCAGAUUCUCAGGCAUCAUCACAAUGUAGUUACAAAUCAAGCCCUCCCGUGAUUCCAAAGUUAAAUAAUGCCAUGGGAGGUGAUAUGGAAGAUGGUGGUCGACCUAUGUCUCCUGCAUCACAGCCACAACCUUCGAUCAAGCAAGAGUUAGAUCAUCAUUUGCCAGACUUCCAUGACAACAUUUCCCUCCCAGGUCAUCCAGUUGGACUGCUAGGAGAAGAAGGAGGAGCAACAACAGGCACGCUAAGCGAUGGUGUGUCAACAAUUGAAUCGUCUGAACACCAUAAUCCCCCAGAAAUGCUCGACGGACUCGAUGAGGACUUUUUACGCAAAAGUUCAAAAGCCUGGCACAUGCGGCUGACCUUUGACCGGGUGCCAGGCGGCUGCAACCUUCACAGGUGCAAGCUGUGCGGCAAGGUCGUGACGCACAUCAGGAACCACUACCACGUCCACUUCCCCGGCAGGUUUGAGUGUCCUCUCUGUCGUGCCACGUACACACGUAGCGACAACCUGCGCACGCACUUUAAAUUCAAACACCCCGAGGCAAGAAAGAUCGAUCUAAACGAUUUCGUGACAGGCACCUUGGCGCUUUCCGCGAUGACUAACGAUACCAUGAACACGCUGUCCUAAAACGCGGAUGGACCGUGCACGCGUCUGUAUAUAUUUUAUAAAUAUAUAUACAUAUAUAUAUAAAUAUAUAUAUGUAGGAAUGUAGUAUAGUGUAGUAUCGAAGACGGAUUGUCUGGGAGAUAUCGGGUGUGUGUUGUCAACGUUGUCAUGCAGUGUUGUCAGCGUAUUUAAAAAAGAAUCGUUGUAAGAAAGAUAGUUAAUGGCGAAUAGUGAUUGCGUAAACAUACGGAGCAUCAAACGAUAUUGUAACAAUCAUACCGUUACCAAACCUACUAGCUGAAUACCAUUUUCCUACAAAUUGGGGCCUCGUCCGGGAUCAGAUCGUGCUAGUAUUAAAUUCCGAUGUGCGGUGUGAUAAAAGACAAUAUCGUUGAUCGUUGAAAUUGUUGACACAGUGUAGUGUGUCGUUUGAAUAAUAGUGUUGCAAAAAUAAAAUGGCAAAUAUUGAAGACGAACAAUUGUCAAGUGACGAAAGUCUAACGCUGAGAGAAUUGAGGAAUAAGUUAGCACAGAUGAAUUUGCCAAUAUCUGGUACGAGGUCAGUGUUGAUUGCCAGGCAAUCCAUCCACGAUACUACACUAUACUACAUUCUUACAUAUAUAAUAUAUAAAAAUAUAUAUACAUAUAUAUAUAUAUAUAUUUACUUUAUACGUACGUACUGCGCCCCGGAAGCAAGAAAACCAGAAAAAAGUAACGAUGAAUAAUAUAUAAAUAAAUAAUUUACACACGCAUAUAUAUACAAAUAUAUAUAUAUGUAUGCAUAUACAUGUAUAUAUAUGGGUAUGGAUAUGCAUAUAUAUACAUACAUACAUAUAUAUAUGUAAGAACAGAAAAAGAAGAAAAUGAUAUACAGAGAGCGCGAGUGGCUGCGCCGACAGGGGGGUAUUGUCGCACUUUAGAUCAUAAUACGAUACGGCCCUGAUGUCACGGCCACACAAAGGCCGGUCUCUCUCGGCUUUUUUCUUUUUCGAACACCAAAUCUUUUAUAGGUUCUACGCUUAAGAAAUCGACGAGAUUCUCCUAUCGCGCGGGAAGGGGGAUUUUUUUGUAAGCACGUGGUAUGUAAGAUGUUUAGCGACAUUUUUGGGGUGGGCUUGUCGUGUUAGUUAACAAAAUCGUUCUCUGAGAAGAAAAAGCGAGCGAGCCGAGUGCCGCGCAUGGCGAGUUGCGCGCGCGCUAGAAUCUAUUGUAAGGGGGCAGGCGAGUGCGGCGAUUGGCGCGCACGCGCGGGAACGAUCGGUCAGCUGGAGGAAGGGGGCACGCGCAUGCGCGUGAUACGCCACCGUCGCUGUCGCGGGAAACUUUUCUUCGAGGGCCGAUUUUUAAGUUCGAUUCGUCUCUGGCACGACACCAGCCAGGUUUUUCACGAUCGAUAAACGAUGCGGCGAUGAAAGUUCCUUCUCGAUUGCUGGCGCGUUAGCCGUUUGUUGUUUGUUGUUGUUUUCUUAUUGACGAUCGGCGCAUCGAAAGCGGAGGCAGAGGUAAAGAGAGAGCCUGAGACGAAUCAAGGUUGGCGCGGGUCGCUUAUUUCUAUAUCUCGGCUAUUAGGCUCGCGGAAUUCGCGUUAUCCUCGGGCCGAUCGGUAACGCGCGGGCGCGCAUGCGCGCACACGAACGCGCCCCGUGACGCGCACACGUAAACUCGCGCCAUGCCGGCUGCCGUACGAAACGAUGUUUCGAACAUUGUCCAAAGACCGGGCAGCUUUAUUUUUUUUGUGGUAAACUAGCGCUGCGCCGAUCGACGAUACUAAAGAGAGUUAGCUCGGGAGAGUUCACGAUUCGCGCAUAUAUUGCUCUAUAUAUAUAUAUAUUAUAAAUAUUGAUAAUGGGAGAUUUAAUGGAAUUACAUAUUAUAUAUAUAUAUACAUUAUAUAUAUAUAUAUAUGUAUAUAUAUAUAAAGUGGGAGCAAACGUGGUGCCAAUUCCUCCCGUAGUUGCCGCUGCCUAGCGGCCGAUACAUGCCGCUCGACAGCCGGAAAAAAGAAUUAUGAUUAAUCGAUUAAUUAAUUAAUUAUUAAUUAUUAAUGCGAAAUUACUGGAAGUAAUUCAUUCGAUACGCAGGGUGAGUUGUAUAGUUGUUGAAGAGUUUAUAGUUGGACUUCAUAUUAGAGUGUAAUCGUGUGUUUCAUCGGCGUUUCAUCGGGAAUCGUUGGCAAUGUAUUACGCCCACGUAUGUACGUGCUGGUCCAGUUCGCGGGGUUUCACCUCUGCGGGAUGGAAUUUACGGGGGAUUCUCGGGGAGUAUUUGGCACAUGGAUACACUUCUACACUCUCACACAUAGGUACAGUCAGGAAACACGGACACAUCAUGUAUGUACACGACGAGAGAGGCAGGCGUUUGAUACACCACACGUUAAUUUGCACUUACACAUAAUACACGCACAUGUACGUCUGUAGACGUACAGCGACGGGGACAAAGACACGGAACACGCAGCCACACGACAUCCUCGUGUACUUCCGGGAUCACCGGAAGUACGGCGACACGCAAUAUUAAUCGACUAACAACGAAAUCUUUUAGUCCUAUGCAUCGUUUCUAGCGGUCUUUUGUUUUUGUUAGAGAUAAGAAGAACAGGAAAUGACGAUGAUAAUGAAGACACAAAAAGAAAGAAAGAAAAGAAAAAAAAAACUAGAAGAAGACAAAGGCGCAAGAAGAAGUACGUAGUGGCGCUUUGCAGUUCUAAUAUGAGCUCUGAACUAUAAAACGCGUUGUUUGUUACUUGAACACCUAAAAGUCUAUGAUAUUUACAAUUUAAACUGCAAACCACCGCGGGUGCAAUAUCGGCAGCAAAUAAAUAGUGGAAAAUCACGCGAGACAUUCCACGAAUUCGGAACUUAAGUGCAUAGGCGAACACAAUAAGAAUCUUAUCUGUAAUCGGAUUGAUUUUAUAGUACUAUACUAUAUUAUUAUAUUAUACAUUAUAUACGUUAAUACGUUAUGGUUAAUCGGCCGGUUACUGCGCGGUUCAAAAUCCGGUAGCCGGACGGUAAUGAUAGUGUUAUACGUUUUAAAAUAACGAUGUCAAUUUUUAUUCAAGAGGGCUGGUUACGAAAUAUUUCACAGCUAUUAGGUUGUCCGAAAAGUUUCUUUCGUUUCAUAAGGUGAUAAUAGAUGAACAACAAUUUCUGUUUUAUAUUAUUUUAUUGGAUUAGGUAUAAUCCAUUUCGUUCUAUUUCUAUGCGUAAUUCAAUAAACUAAUAUAAAACAAAAAAAAACAUUGUGCGUCUAUUAUAUCCUUAUAUAAAACGAAAGAAACUUUUCGGACAACCUAAUACAUCGUUACACGUUGAUAUUUAAUUGGUUGGGGUGCAAUCUUUUUGUUCUACCUUUCUUCUUUGUUUGUUUUUACGCGAGGAAAUUUAUAUAUACAUAUAUUUACUUCCUUACACAUUAUAAUAUUAUAUUAACGAUAUAGGGGUUUUCUGAAAAGUAAGAGAAGGAUUGUAAGAAGGAGAAAGAUAUAGCGUAGAGCCGUGUUGCGCAGACGUCCAGGCGUGGAUGCGUGACGCGAUCAUUAUACACGCGUACACGCUCGGAUUCGUAUUUCGCAUGGAUGAAUGGUUAACGUUUACAGCCGACGGACGGACGGACGGACGAAAACGCAUAUGGAUGGUACGUGUGUUUCGAAGCUUAGGAAAUCGUGUAACUCGCGUCGGGUAACACGUCGACUCAGUUGAAACGUCGAAUCCGCUAGCUAUUCAAAGAGCCAAACUGCUACAUUGUGAUCAAAUGAUAUUACCCGUCGAUCUUCUCUCUUUUGCAAAAAAGGGCACUUUGCAUAGUUAAGGCUACAACCGAACACGCAUAUACCUAAACAUAUAUAUAUAUAUAUAUAGAUACAUAAUUUAAUAAUAUAUAAUAUAUAUAAUAACCAGAAUAUUAAUAUAUUACGCAGAUGAUUAAGUAUAUUAAUUAAUAUAUUGGAUAAUUUAUUUUAUUUUGUUUUAUCGUUUUAAUGAUUUUAUAUAUGUGUUAUUCACUGUUUAUAUAUUAUCACGCCAAUACACAGUUAUAUACACGGGGACACAAACAUGAAACAUACAUAUACAUACAGACGCGUAUAUAUAUAUAUAUUAUAUACAUAUAUUAUAAUUAUAUUACAAUAACACGAUAUAUGCAGAAUUUAUUAUUUAUUAUUAUCGGAUGGGGCGGGGCGAAUUUGCGUCUUGUAAACGUUAAAACUUUCGACUUUUCUUUUCUUGUCGUCUCCUCGUUUUCCUCUUUUCUCAUAUAUCGACUUCCGUUGCGAUACGACUAUGAGAUUCAAAUCUCUGCUCGUCUUUGCGUCUAUACAUACUUUUUCUAUUCUUCUUCUUCUUCUUCUUCUUCUUCUUCUUCUUUAUAUAUAUACCUACAUUUUUUCUUUUUAUCUCACACCAAAUAUUUAUAUACGAUAGCCGAGUGUUCCGAGUGCUGGUCAAAGAGAAAAUCCGUUAGACGAUCCAAACGAUAUCGUAUUAGAAUUUAGGAUUUCACAGGGAGAAAAUGUAACGAAAUUUUUUUCGAUCCUUCCGUCCUCCAUCUACAUACGUCUACGACUUCGAGCUCGUCGAAAUAUCAUUGUUUUCCGUUUCGAACGCGAUCCCAGUACUACUCUGUGCGGCUCUAUCUUCGUGCCAGGCGUUUGAAUUAUAAUUACAAUUGUGCAGUUUGAAAAUGUUUACAAGUUUCUUAAUAAAUCGGUCGUCGAGAUAAAACUUCAAGAGCCGAGAUUGUGGAAAGUUCAUGAUGGACAAGUGAGUUCUCUGUAGUUUGAAAUUUUAUGACUCUUUUAAUAGACGCCGGGGCGAGAUAAAAUUUUUAGGUCGCGGAGCAUUCUCAGAAGAAUUUUUAACGCGGCGUGAUCUAUUCUUUGGAAUUUUAUGAUUCGUUCAGUGGAGGUGUAGCGAAAUUUUAGCAGUGUCCGAAGUUGAAGUUGGUGGUAGAAAAAGAAUGAUUGUGAAAUUCGCUAAUUUUAUUUACGUCUGCUGUGGUUAUGUUAAAGAGUUCUUUCUUAACUCACAUAAGUGGAUUUUCGUCUGUUUGUAAAAUUCUAUGCUGAAUUAGCGUUUCUCACUCCGAGAAAGAAUGGAGCUAUCUUUAUAUAACGGUGCGUAUCGUGGAAUAAAAUUGUUUAAAAUCACUUUCAAAUAAUUGAAAAUCCUCCUAGGUAUCUUUAAAAUGGCUUGGAAUUUUUAUAAAAAUCAUCUAAAUUAAAAGUGAGUCUUACUAUAAGCACCUGGCGUCUAAAGAACAAGUGAAACAAAAUUGUAUAAAAUCAUUUUGAAGUAAUUUCUGUGACACGCUUUAUGUCUUCAUCACAUUCUUUGUAAUUUACAUACAUGAAAUUACGCAACGCGUAAUCCCGACUACUCACUUUCCAUUCGCAGUUCUUUAUCUCUGAAAUGCCAGGCCAUUCACUCUCACGCAUUCCAUACGAAGAUAUUUAUCGUUGCUUUGCUGGAGAAGUGAUACGUCUAAAAAAAUUGUCAACUUUGAAAUGGCAUCUGCAAAAAUACAUUCUAAAAACACGUUAUUCGCUAUUGUAGAGGUCACCGUUAUGUCAUAGUUCUUCAAUGAAAUUUAAUCGAUAGAACAGAAGAACGCUAUCACAACUCACUGCAAACCAUUCAACUCUUUCCUAACGAUAAACAGUUUUAUUACAGGUGAUCGGAAACCAGAAACUAUUAAUUACAUUAUAAAGGAACGAUACUAUUUUCAUUGCUAAACAUAGUAGAGUAAUUCAUAAUUGUUUGCUCUAAAUCUUUUAUUUCCCGAAGAAUUUAUUUUUCCUAGUUGCAUUACCAACGAAACAACAAUGCACUACAGUUACUCUGAAAACGAAAGAUACGUUAGAUAGACAUUUAUACUGAAAAAAACUACAUAAACUAUUCUCUAAUUUCUCAAUCCACUUGUGCAGAGUUAAGAAUUGUUUUAUACGAUCUUCACGUGGUUCUAGAACUUCGUAGUAAAUACUUAGAAACCGUGUUCGUCCUAUCAUGCUCGUACACCGGGAAUUCGCGUGUCUGACUAGUUACGGGCAUUUUCCCUGCUGUUCUCGCAGUCGAUACAUGUACACCUGGGCUUCAUUGGCUAACUUUCACAGCAGAUCGAUGGGCAGCGCAUGAAAUUACAUCUGAGUAGCAUGUUAGGCUACGGUUGCACGUAAUUACUAGUUAACGAUGUCCGACUUUCGCGUAAUAUUCCGAUUUUUAUCCAACAUCACGACCUUACAAGGCCCUUGAAGCAUGAAUGCAGCCGAACUACUAUCGCGUCGGUGAAAUUGCAGCUCGAUUGCGGACGACGAUCUCGUAGCACGUGUGCCGUGCAGUCUGUCGAAUAUUUUCUAGUAAUAUUGGUAGCUCGUUCGAGCUUUAAAGAAAUGGAGAAAGUCGACCAACUUCGUUGUAAAUUGGAAAUUCAAAUUGUUGAAAUCGUCGAUAUCUUUCUAUUAGCUUUCUAGUAGUUUUAGCUCUUUUUAUUCGCCGAGUUUGUAUUUUUAUAAUCGUUGAAAAUCGUUAAGAUCCUCAGUCGGAGUAAUUUAUUCAAAAUAGCUUGUUAAUGGCUUGUCCGGAAAAUUCGCAAUUUUACAAAAGAAACGCAUUAUUAUAUAAUAAUAUGCAUUUUUUAGUGGCAUUCCGCCGUUCCUUGGAUAGCUUUAUAAUCUCUUUUCCAAAAAGCUCGCUUCUGCCGACAAUGGGUUCUUUGAAAUAGUUCCUGCAGUCCUCUAGACUAUACAAUUUUUUGUCGUAGAAAUGAACGUUCUGUGAAGACCGGAAUGAAUGAUAGUCAGACGAUGCUCGUGAAUGGAACGGAUGGGGCUGAAUAUUUCUUGCCCGCUUUUCUUUCCUCAAUCCCGUCAUAUUGGAAAACAAUUAAAAUGUUCAGACGUUCCAUUUAAUAUCCAAUUAAUCCUAAUAUGUAUCUGAAUUUAGAAUUUCAUUUUUCAUAAGAAAUACGAAGCACACAAUAUACAAAAGUAUAAAGUAUCCAAAGCAUCGUACUGUUUGCAACAUUUAAUGGAUGAAACAAAUUUCUGAUUAUUGCAAAACUCAUAGAAAUACGAAUUCUAAGAAACAUUCGCGGUAUGACAUCGAAUAAUCCUGUUCCAGUCACGCCAAAUACACAGUGGAAUAUUUUCGUUGUCAGAAACGUUACGAUUUUUCCGAACAGUCCAAUGAAAUCGACAGAAACAGCAGCAAGUAUUAAAAUGAAGCCUAAGAAAAUGUUUUAAAUCGCGCUUAGCUCGAAGGGUUAAUUCGAACCUGCACGAAGCAAACAUUCGAGCGUGCAUCGUCGUGGCACGUUCUUUUUCUCUUUAUUCUUCUAAAACAGUUUUAUAUCAUAGUUCGGGUUCGAAAUAAGGACGAUUAAAGCGAAGUAACCGACGAGGGGGCUAGAAAGGAUUAAAAUUGCUUUCCGCGCGAGUAAAAAGUUACAAUUAUUACGUGGCCGUGAUUCGUAGCUCGAGAUCCGUUUAAAAAGAUCUCGCCGUGUCAAAACCUUCCGAAUUUAUUAAGACACCACCCGGGUCGUCCUAGAUCCUCGCGAGACUCGAAAUCUUCGAGCGAUGAUUUUCGUCGGCGAGCAAUUUCUUCCGCCACACAUUUCCACUUGAUCAUAGAUUUAUUCGGAAAUUGAAAUAAUAAACGACUCGAGUGUCUGAAUUAGAAAUUGCCGGAAGAAAUACUACGACAAGUAGUAUUCGAUUCUCUAUUUUUCUACUUUGAAUAUAUUCGAUUAAUUGGCCAGAUUGCUGUGCUGUAUAGAAUGUCGUUUAGUACCUAACCCCAACCUAACCCUCCCUAAAACUCUACAUCCCUACAAAUUUCUCAAAUUUACAAAUUAUCUCUUAAUAUUUUUCUAACUCUUGUCGUAAAUAUCUGAAAAUUAAUUUGUCAAUGCCUUCGCAAAUACAUUUGCCAGACGCCUUCCUCUUUUUCAUUCAGAUUAAUUUAUUACAAAAAAAAACUAGAAGACUAAACAGAUCAUGUAGUGUUUUUCCUUUUUUUUUUUUCUUUUUUAGAAGCGAUAACCACUUCGACACGAACGAAACGAAGUUUUCGUGUUCCCGCGACGUUCUCCAACGACUUUUAUGUUUCAUGUCCGCGUUGCAUGGUACAUUACAUUUUGUCAUUCGAUCUCUUAUCUGCACUCGUGAAAUUAUCUCCGAUAGAUCGAAAGCGAAAAUAGUUGUUUCUGGAGUAGAUAUCUUUCUGGAGUUGCAAUUUCGACGUUUAAUUUUGAUGAAGGCAAGAUCAAGGGAACGGAGUAUUACGAGGAAGUUAGUUGAAAGCUAUAACUCACGUUCCUUUUGUUUAAAAAGUUUAAGAAAGUUGAAGAAUUUUGAGGCUGAUCACAUUUUCGAUUCACUUUUCCACAAAGGAAUUCCUUCUUGAUGCUUGACUUUCUCAAAUGGAAACUUUUAAUGUUGGAUUCUGGUACCUCAACCGGCAUUCAUCAAAAGAUAUUAACUCACGGUUAAAACUUGGAAGAUCAUUCGUAUUCACAUUUUAAAUAUCUACGAUCUCAAUUUUCAUACAUUCAAAAUUGGAAAGAAAAUAAACAGCAGGAAAAUUGUACGUUCUAUUGGCAAUUAAAAUUCGUCGUGAUCGAGCCGUUUACUUAUGUUCGAAAGUUUCUAGCAUUGGUAUCUCACGUCUUAAACAUCCAAAAUCACCUCUGCUCAUUCAUAUAUAUAUAUAUUUUCAUAUUGAAGAAAAGUUAAAAGAAGAUAAAAGAAGAGAUUUAUAUUUCUGGCUGUCGAUCGGAAUAAUUCCUUGAUAUCUUAAUAAUCGACGAUAGGACAAAAACUUAAUCGCGUAACGUUAGCCCAUCAAAUUCAAGCUUUAGAAGAAACUCAUAUUCCAUACUUACGAAUCUAAUAAAUUUCCACGAAAAAGAAGGAAAAACGGAAGAAGGAACAAGAAGAAAUAUAUAUAUAUAUAUAUUUCUAGCUACCACGGCCGGAAUGACUUGCAGCAAUAUGUCUUUCUCUUUGGUAUCUUAAUAAUCGACGAUAGCGCGAGAUUUAAUAUGCGAUAUUUGCUCAUCGAAUUCAAAUUCCGGAAAGAUAACGUUUCACGUAUUCCAAUCUGAUAAAUUCCACGAGUAACAAAACUAAAAAAAAAAAAAAAAAAAAGUGGAUGGAAAUUGUAUUUCCGGCAACCAAUCAGAGACUUCGAAAAUCAGGUUAUCAUGUCAAAUUGGUCAUUCUUGAAACGCUUCACGAAAUGCACUCGCAGAGAGUGGUUUAGAGGAAUUAGUCGUCCGCGUCACGGAUUCAUCCGGCGGAUAAUUUCACGGUGCGACGGACGCGUGUCGUCGUGGCUGGACGGGCUUUUUAUUACAAGAACCGCACCGUCGACGCGAUGCGAUGUAUAAUUAGUCCCGCGACCAUGCGUAUCGAUCGCAACUCGCUCUUCACGUUGUCGUUCCCUUUUUGAAUUUCGUGUUGAUACGGCUGCACAUGUUCGCCGGUUCUCGAGCGCUGCCAAUUCCGGAAUUGUUGGCGCGCGCAGUUUAUCAAAAACGGAUGCGACCAUCUAUCGCGUCCAAAUAACUACACACACACAUACAUAUUCUAUUAACAAGGUACAGGGUGAUUCGUGAUACGACCGGAAAGAACGUGACCUCCCUGUAAAAAUAAGAUUUUGUAACGUUGUGUAAGAAUAAAAUUGUUUCUUAGGAGUCGUCGAGAGAUUAAAAAGAAAAAAAAAAAAAAAGAAAUUGAGGUCGGUAAUUUCUUCGAAGUUUUUCCAAACUGAGUCCAAGUUGACACUUUGUUGCUUUCUCGAUUUCAUUAUAUAAAUAAGAUAUCGAUGCUUUGUUUUAUGAUUCAUCUCGUAGCUGUACCGGAUAAAGCGCACCAGUUUUACUUUCAAAUCAAUGCAACUACGUAAAAUCAGUCGGAUACACGUGUAACUUGGAAUGCGUUUGUCCUAAAGAUUUUCAAUUUCACGCGCUGCCAAAGAGAUUUGCGAAUUCGAAGUUCCGGUGCAUGUGUGUUUCGCCUAUGUUCAAAUUUAGUUUCCUGAAAAACGACGGCCUAUACGAACAGAUCUUGUCCUAUAUCCUUAUUCCCAAUUUAUUCGGAAAUCAAAUUAAUUUUCAAUAAUUCUAACGAUAUUCCGGUGCACGCGUACUCUACGAAUUCCUAAAUUCAAUCUUCUCAAAAACUGCCAUACGGAACGACCUUAUUCUACAUUCUCCACUUCCAUACUUUUACAUGGCCAACUAGAUCCUUUGCCGUUGCACUGUAAUCCCAAACUCGCGGCUCUGCAUCGUACGACACUACACAAAUAUUAGUAUUUUUGGUAUAACAUCGUACAGAAUAUUGGGACUAUUACCUACAAAUCUGACUGUAUAAUAGACGACUGACUGACCAUAAGUCGGUUAAAUUCUCCGUGCGAUCGAACGAAAUUCUAUCGAUAGAAAGAAAAAAAGAAAAAGAAAAGGAGAUCUGUGGGAACAGUGGAGAAUUAUUGAUUGUUUCAUUAACGGUGCAUGCACACACAAUGGCUCGCUGUAGAAUAGAGAUCGCGGUGAGAAAGUUUUUCGGCGAGAGAUCGAUGCACUUGGUGGCUAGAACGCGUGAGUUAAACGGUACUUUGGCCGAUCCUUGAGCCAGCCACAGGAAAACGCGGCGGGGGGUCGUUAGCAACCGUCCAGACGAGCAUCGUCGAGCAGCCAGGCCUUUUCCGUUUGCACGAGCACACGGUGUGUGCCUGUCGUACCGUGGCAGUUCUGUUGUUACGCACUCGCGGCCCUAUUUCUUCUUCGCGCGCGCUCCUCUCAGCGCCAGGGGUUGAGAGGCGUACACGCUCGACUUAGAGAAGCGUAAACGCCGACGUUGAACAUUCAACGGCAGGAGAAAACGAUCAAACGAGCAUCGAUCGCAGUUUCUUUUCUCGCUGGUUAAUCUCUCCACUCACAUUGGUUUAUUGUAUUUCUCGUUUCUUUUAUUUUCCUUCUGUUUCCUUCUUUUUUCCUUGGUUGAUUUUUUAGGAGAGGACUAUCGUGUUUUCGUAAGGGUUGGAGGUCGUCCACUGUUUGAUUAAAAGCUUUCAUUUCCGAAUUAUUCGACCCUCAGUGGGCAAACUCAGUGGGUCGUUGGCGACGCGAACGAAAUUUCAUCUCUGAAUUUCUCUCGAACGAAUUUUCGGUUUCAUCGGGAAAACGGCCAAAUGUUUGACUCGACUGACUUUUACGUUUUACGAAGCGUAGAAUAGGAAACAAAUUAGCUUGUUUCCUAUUCAAUGACGAGCAUGGGUAAUUGGUGCAAGUGUGUCGAUAUUUAGAAACGUGUAAGAAUCUUUUACAAAUGGAAUAUAACUUACUUGUGAUUCUGCGAUUAGCUUCUAACGAAAACGACGUUUUACUUGGUAAUUGUAAAUGUGUAGCUAAUACGAUUAUACUGAGAACCAGUGGGCUAAAUUGGAAAUGCUUUAUGUACUGCCUUAUGAUUUGCAGGGUAAUUACUCUAGAGUAUUAAUGAAGGCUCGUCAAACGAGAUUAAAUCGAUCGAACAAAAUGUCGAGAAGGUUAAUUGUAAAUAGGCUGGUUCUAACUGGCGAUUAACUUCGUCUGUAGGUUCGUAGGUACUGAUUAAAAGUUACUAUGUAAUAGAAUACGGCUUUGGCUUAAUAUAUCGUAUUCCCGUAUUCUUGGUAUGGUAAUUUGGUAAUCAAAUGUGGGUCAAGAUAUUUCACAAAUUUACACGUUCUUUAAUCUACGUCGUGUUUAAUAAAUAUAGUCGAUAAUUAAAUUAGGAGUAUCGUUCGAACAUAGUCAUAUUGACAAAAACGAUUUAAUGGACUCAAGAAAAUAUCACGAAGGAAUAACGUCGAAGCAAUAAAUUCUCAAACAAAGCGUUUUGAAUGAAAUCAUUAAUUCGUAUAUUCGAUCAGUUCUCAUUCACCUUCGCCAAUUUGUCAACUUUUUACUGAAAAAUGCAAUUUUACGUGAGCUUCCUCUUAACGUAACACGGACUUUGAAGAGGUGUCACACUGUCAUGCGUCAGAAAGAUAUUUCUUUUAUUUCGAUCGCUUGUACCGCCAACAAUUUUCUUCUCUUCUUCCAUUCUUGAUCUCCGUUUGCUCCCCGCUUCGUUCUCCGCAUACAUUUAUCUCACUUUGAACCUUAUUUUUCUCCUUAUCGAACUCGGUCAGCUCGAACAAGAGAAAAUUGUCCUGAAUUUAUGCCAAACUUCCGCAAUAUGCGUUCUACUUCAUCGUGGCAGAUAGCUGUAUGUAUAUGGGAUGUUGUAAAAAAUGACGUCGAAAUGUUUUUUUAAUUACGCGUUCGACAUUUUCGAUACCGAGAUAUGGUAAAGAAGAAAUUUGUAAAUUAAUUGAAUUAAAACAAUCGAGGAAUGAAAUAAUUCUUAAUAUUUGAUAGUUGCUUGUAAAAGGAAAAAGAAAAUAUUUAGAUCGAGUAUUUAAAUAUUCGCGGAUCAAAUGCAUGGUAAAUAGGAAAUUGAAGUUUCUUUAACUGUAACGAUAUUUAUUUUGGAAUGAUGUUCUCUGAAAAUAUAGGAAGCAGAAAUUACAAACCAUAUUGUUAUUAGAAACCUUUCAUUUACGAAAACCUUCACACGAAACUUCACGAAUAAACUUGAAAUUCUUCUUGUUACAAAUCUUAUUAAAUUUCGUGGCUAUCGUAGACGUACAAAUUGCAAAUCAGCUUAACAUUCUCACCAUUCUAUAAUCUCUAUAAACGUCUAAUUACAUGAAACUGAAUCAUCAUUGAAACUUACCGGACCAGACACGAUGUAACGAAUGUCAUUCCGUUCACUCGAUCAAAUUUUUAUCAAAUAUCCACGUAGAAAAAUAAUAAAUUACCAAAGGACCCACGCGUGAAGAAUAAAAGUUGGAGAAUUACGAAGCUAUAAAGGGUAGAAAGCGAAAAGCAUAGCUUAUUUCGAAGACAACCCCUAUGCGUACAGCGUUUUAUACGUACACACACACACACAUACACACACGCAUGCACGCACAGGGUUAGAGAAAUAUUUCCAAAGGUAUUUGCGGAGAUCGACGGACAGGGCUGCUCGUUACGCCUUUAGUAUUCGAUCGCUAUGCGAACCAUUCGAAGAGCGACGCGUAUUUCGAGCUGACGGGACGAAAAACAAGGAGGGGAUGGAGAAUGGCGCCAGGAACAUGCUGCAUAAGGAUCUCGAUGCGGCAUUAUCGUGAGUCGAAGCAUUGACGAGAUCGAUGAAAAUUAUCAUCUCGAUGUCGAUUUAUCUUUCGACGUCAAACGUCUUCUAUAAUUUCCAUGAAUCUAUUUUAACAUCGAAUUUUUCAGGACAGAGAGGUUAUCGUUGGUGGUAAUAUUUCAUCGAUGAGGAUAAUAAAAAUUGUCCUGUUUGUCUGUUCGAACGAAGAAAUUCUUCGUCUCUUCCAUCUUGUGUUAAUUUUAACAGCAAAUGUUUCUUCAUCUACGGCCAAGAAUUAUUAUCAGUUGCUAUUAGUAAGCUUUUUAUUUGUACGUGAACGUAAAAAAAAAAACAGAUUCUUCGUCUUUUGUAAUUGUCAUCAAUCCUUUAAGAAUCCUCUAUUAGAAUAACAUUGUUGUUUACGUGGCUUCUUUAGAAGAAAUAUAGGAAUUAAACAUUGCGAUGAGUACAUCGAUUAGUAGCAAUGCAAUAGUACGGUAGUAGGAAUUCGAUAGUAAAUUAAUAAUCGAUUGAAACAAGGCCUACGAGAUAUAUACAUAUAGGGUAUCUGCGAGCAGAGGAUCACAGAGAAUCUGUAAAUCUUCUUCAAGAAUAGUCCACGUUUUAACAGAGUUUUGACAAUUUUUUCGCGUGCGUUCUUGACGUCGAGCGGCAAUUAUCUACUUCACACGCCUAAUUCGAGCUUUAAUUCUCGUAACGGACUUUCGAGUUAACAAAUACAGACUGGCUGAACAUCGUUUAAACGACGUCAACCCCACUAAUUGCGACACAAAAAACUUAGCUAUCUCGUCGAUGAAAUAUCUUGAAUCACAUCCUCGUGUUCCUACCUACUUUGGACGUUCCACUCUAUUUUAUUUCGUUUCUUUCUUUCCAGAAGGGAGUUAAUAACGCUUUGAUAGAAGUUUGCCGCGUUCUUCGGCGAAAAACCUUUGUUCGAUAGUCAGGAGUGGAGGAGGACGGAAGGGGGGAGUUCUAUAGUAGUUGCGAUCGCAAGAAUCGAGUUUCCUUUUGCCAGUAAGUUUCAUCGUGGAUACGGUUUCUUUCUCGCCGCGAUUUUUGGCACUCAUUCGUUCGCAGUCGGUAUCUGACUGGGCAAGGUUUGACCAGGAAAAACGAAAUCAGACGCAUACUCUCACAUACAUUCACACGUAGUAUACGUAAUCGUACACAUACCGAGAAGUUCAUCUAUCAGAUGAGAGAGACCAGAAAACAUAUCCGUACGAAGUUAUUUCUAUGGAACGCGUAGAAAACACACGGGAACAUGACGUACGUACAUGUAUCGACUAGUCGAAAGAGAGAAGGAUGAAUCGGGGUGAAAGAGGCGCGAAAGGGGAAAGAAAUACUCGGCACACAUUGAAUCCACAAAAUAUCGAAUUAAUCCGGUCUGACGGCCUCUGUCCCAGAUACGUUGGUCACGGAUCAUCUGGCUGUUAUAUCGGAACUUUUAUUAAUUAAACGGAAAUCUCUACUAUGUACUAUUAUUACUAUCGACUACACUACUACUAUUAUUACUACCGCUAUUACUACUAUUACUAUUACUACUACCAUUACUACUACUAUUGCUACUACUACUGCUGCUGCUAAUACUAUUACUACUACUACUACUACUACUACUAUUACUACUAUUACUACUACUACUGCUACUAUUACAUAAUAGGUAUUUAUAUAUUUACAAUUGCGUGGUGUGGAGUGGAACAUUGUGAUAUAAUAGAUUGGUGCUAACACCUUAUUGAAAUUGAAGAUGAAUUUAAAGAAAUGAAACAAAAGAGAAAAAAAAAACGACAAAAAAAAAUGAAGAUGAAGAAAUCGUGCAAUAUUUGCGAGAAUAGGGGAAAAAUGCGGGCCGAGGCAGCUGUCACUGGCCGAAACGCGCGUUAAGUUUUCCGUGGUGUUAAAACCGUGACGAGGAGAAUGGAGCGAGGCACAAGACGAAUGAAAAUCACGUUUCCGUUCACUUUUCCAAGCCGUCGCGUCGCGACAAAACGCACCGGUCGAUCCCGUUCGCGCAAAUUCUUCCGACGUCUGACAGAAGAAAGUGAAAAAAAAAAAAAAAGAAAAAAAGAAAGAAAUACGGUUGUUCGCCAAAACGGAACCGGAUCGUCGUAUCGUUUUGUUCGUCUGUGAAAUCGGGGAUCUCUUUGUCCAAUCGCUUCUUUCCACGCUUCGUUUUCCCUUUUUCCUUCGAGCACUCGUUAUCUCUAUCUUGAUAUCUUGAUAUUUUUCAUAUGGAAUUCGUCUGACUCAGUCAACAUUACUCCAAGUUAAAAAGGGUUUAGUCGGAGGAUUUGUUAAUGCGAAAAAUAUAUUACGAAAUAUUUCGAUUUUUAUUGCAAAUGUUUCCACGAGGUUGGUUUUUUAAGCUUCGAUCAGUUAAAAUGUAGAAGAUGUCACUUAUUAUUCGUUAAAUGGUCCAACUUUUAAUUGAUCAGUGGAUCUAACGCUUAAUGUUCGCUAUUGGCAUUGUGGCGUACGUUAAAACGUAAUUUUAUCGAUAUUUAACGUUAACUCUGUCUUUUGUAUAAUCAGAUGUAACCUUGUAAUUACAUCUCCAAAGGUGUUGACAGUUUAAAACAAAUUUAGCGAUUUCGACAUACAGUAACGAACAAGGGUGCUAAAGGUUAUUGCAAUUGUUUUAAUCACUUGAAUGCCAAAUUUGCGCAAUUAAUCUGCCUUGUUGUAACGUAGAAUUACGCUGAUCGUAACUAGGAUAAAAGUUCAUAAUUCGAUCAGAGCAAGUUCGUGAGAAAUGAAGAUAAUUAAAUCCAAGUGGUAUAGUUCAAUUGAUUUUCGCGUUAAAAGUACAUCGUUUUACAAGCGAGUAAUCGAUAUCCGACGAAUGUAGCCAUUCAGAAAUCAUUUCACAUUUAAAAUCAAUUAACAUUUUUCACGAUGACUCUUAGAAUCUCGGGACCAACUUCGAUUUUCGUUACUGUGUCCUCGAAAUUGCUGGGAACAGCGACAUUGGCCAGAAAAAUUGGCACGUGUAAGCAACGCGAUACGGCGUGAUCCAUUCGAUCGAGUGGCACUCGAAGAAUCAAGUGCGAUCGAAGCGCGAUAGGGGGAAAUUUGACAGACGAAUUCGUUGCUUUAAUCGUAGGAUAAAAAGAGGCAAGAGAAAGUAGAGGGAGAAAGGGAAAACGAAGAGGUGAGACGAGGGUGCGAGAAAGAAGUCGACGAACGCGCGACGAGAAGAAAAGAAACUAUGGCUGUGCAAGUGAAUAUUAUGAGUGUAGUUACAUAGGUGUAGGUGUUACCUAGGGUCUAGGCUUAGCUGAUCAUAGGAUAAGGAGCACGUUUAUGGCGUUUUGUUUUCAGCUCGGCGAGCGACAGCUGCCCGUUUCGCCCUUGUACAUUACCGAACUAAAUAACAAAAAAAAAAGUACUAUUAUUAAUAUCUCUUUAUAUUGUAUAUUAAUAUAUACAAAGUACGAAUUAAUCAUGGAUAUAUAUGUAUAUACACACACGGUAUAUGUAUAUAUCUAUCUUCGUAUGAAUAUAAAUAUAAAUAUAUAUAUAUAUAUAUACAUUUUGUUAUUUUUCUCGGGGGAUAAUAUAUAUAUAUAUAUAUUAAAAAAAAAAGAUACUGUAAUAAUUGUAAAUCGUGCGCGCGCGGAAAUCGUGAUUCUCCACGCGCGUACUAACUGAGCGUGUUCUACUCGUCAUUCGAAAGGAAAGAAAGAAAAGAAAAAACGAACAAAAAAAAAGGAAACAAAAGAGUACUAAUAAUGGUAAUAGGUAAAAAUAAUAAUAAUAAUAAUAAUAAUAAUAAUAAUAAUAAAAGGAAAAACGACGGCAAUUGUGAAAAAGAGGGGAAAAUAAGAAGAGAAACUUAAGAUUAACAAGUGAGAGAAGAAAAAGAAUUGACGCGACUGUCAGACUGAAAGUUGUGAUUUUGCAUGGCAAGUGUAUAUAUAGGGAAAGAGGAAACCAGAAAAAAGGGGAGGGGGGAAAUAAAAACCUCUGUGUAUGUAGAUUCAAUGGUAUAGGUGAGAAAGGCGAGAAGGGUUUAAAGGAUAGAAGAAAAAUGAAAAUGAAGAAUUCGUUAAACCGUUGCAUUUUCGCGUGUGUGAGAAUGAACCAGAAAAAGAGCAAUGUGCGAACGAGAGAGAGAGAGAGAGAGAGAAUAUGCGUAUGAAAGAGUAACAAACGAUGAGUGAAUAUACACUAGUAUGCAUGUCAGACAAAAGAAGAAGGAACCAAAUCGACGCGAUAUGUCCUUCCUUUACCCCCAUACCCUCACCUUCAUCCCCUGGAAUCCUGGAAAUAAUAAGAAAGCAUCUCGCUUCCCUUUCGUUCUUUUUCACUUUCGUUACGUGGAGCUCCUCCAGCACCAUCUCGCUUCUUUCUCUUCCUUUUUUCUUCCGUUCCUUCGUUUAUACUUCGUUGCGACACUCUACAUGCACAGACACACAAUACAAAACGUGAAAAUCGGAACAGAGAGAGUCGAACCUAGCUAGACGAAAGUGUUGUAUACACAUAUCUGAUCGAACGACCGAUAGUCGGUCACUAUGAGAACCUUCUGUGUCUCAUCGUCAAUCGGACAACGUCGACCACACGAAGGACGCGUCGAUGACGAGGGAACGAGGCCAGUCGGAUCAUCCAGCUGCUGUCUGUCUGUCUUUCCAUUCGCAUUGAAGGCGCGUCCUGCAUCACGUUAAAGGUUAGCGUUGGUCGUUAGCGAUCGUCUUCGACAUUGUCACGAUUAAAGGUGGAACUACCCCUGCAAGCGUUAAACGUUGCAUCUAGAUGCUUUCGUUCGUUACAGCUGUUUACACGAUAUCGUUCGCGCAAGGAAUUUUCAUCGGUGCGAGAUGUUCGUAUUGUAAUACGUCGAGGAAACAUUGGUCUAAAAUUGGUAUCGGUCUUCAACAACCGUGUUCGAUUUGCGUUAAGCCACGGUUACAGUGGAUCUACGUUCUGACGGGUGGAACACUCGAUAGUCGCGAGAAGACGCAUCCACUGUAGCCUUAGACACGCACACGACUGACGCUUAUAGGGAACACCUUAAGGUCGUUUAUUGACGAGGAAGAAGACGCUCGGAGAACCUGUCGCGUGUAAGAUGGUCGAUGAGCACAAAAGGUUCGUAAGAAACGUGGCACGCUAUGGUCUCCGUCGUUCUGGUUUAAGAUCGGACGAAUCAUUGGGUAUCAGUUACAUUUUCGGCUCCGACAAACGUACAAUAGGCGCACUAUCGACGAGAAGAAUAGAAAAAAAGAAACGUUGAAAGAAAGAAAAAAAAAAGAACAAAAUCGCAAAAAAAUGGAAACAAUAAAAACGAUUGAAGGAAAUCGUGCACGAAAAGAAAAUAAAAAAAAAAUAAAAAAACAAGAGGAAUACACGGAAAGAAAUCGAGCAAGCGAAAAACUAACCGCAGACCAUGCCGAUACAAACGAGGACUAACGAUCAUAGGGCGUAAUUGAUUUUAUUACCGAGAAGACAAACGUGAGAGAAAAAAAGUAAAAUAAUUAAUAAUAAUGGGAAAAAAGAUGAUUAUUCUUACUACUUCUUAUUGUUACUACGAUUAUAUUCUUAUUCUUAUGGUUAUUCUAACAUUGCAAGUGUUAUGUUACGAUUGCAAUUAUUAUAUACACCUUUAAUUAUUAUAUAGUGUAUAGAUAAUAUAUGGAUGAUGAGGAUAAAUGAAGCAAACAUUACAAAAAUUUGCAAAAAAAAAUCCAACAAAAAAACUAUGGAGAAUUAAUCACAUGUGCAUUUAAUGUAUUUCAUACUAAUUUUUUGAUUAAACAUAAUUGUGUGUUAA